UCCAGGAUGCACCUCAUGGUUGAGAGAUUGAAAGGCAGUGAUAUAACAGGACCUAUCAAUCAUGUAGAAUUGGAAUGGAAUUUUUUUUGGAUUAAGCAUCUGGCAGUGGUGCCUGGAACACAGAGAGAGUGAGCAGCUGUCUAACUAAUCAACAAAGCCUUCAUAAUUCCCUUAUUACCCACAAUGCAAUGCAAUGCAGAGAGCCUGUAAUUCUAAAACUUCUAACUGAGAAGCUUAGAAUACCUAAACUUCAUUCAUUUCUUGAUACAGUGUUCUCUGCUAGCAUAUGCUUUCCAUUAUACAUUUCAGAUUGUAUAUCAAUAAUAUGUGUGUUAAUUCAAAUGAAUUUCUCACCUGUAAGCCUUAUGUACACCAGAUAAUAUCCAAAUAGUUCACCAUGACCACCAGAGCCAAAAAACAACCCCUUACAGGAAGAACAGACACUUAUAUUUAGAAAGCCACUCAGGUCUGGCAGCAUUCUGGACUGACGUGUCAAAACAGCGAGACCACAGACUGCCUGCAAGUAGCUGAACACAUAAAUCAGUAAAACUGCAAUUAAAUGCAUAAAGGAACUCAUCAGAUGUGAAACUGUUGAUAAUAAAUUGUAUUUAUAGACGGAAGAAACCAUGAUACUGCAAAAGGUCUUCAAGCAUGCAAUGAAAUGGAGUCUGGUUUUGUUGACGAAAUAUAAAAAGUGCACCACAACUAAUGCAUCUAAUUUAGACUCCCGUAGUUGUAAUGUGUGUUUAAAUAUAUCCACCGAUGCAUAACAAGCUUGAGUGGAAAGACAUGCCAAGGUCCCUAUAAGGCCAAUUACUUGUUUUAAAGUGAGAAUCCAAAGGGGUUGUAAGGUGAGCACAGGAUUUGGCAGUACAAACGGUGAGUCUACAGAAUCACUUCCUUGAGACACAAGUGGCACACACACAAGCACGCCCCUCUAUGAUUCAUCAUGACCCGUUGCAGUCACACUUGAGUGUAAAUGCAUUCACAACUAUCUCCAGUUACCAAUUACCUCGUAGAUGUGUUGUAUUGCAAAUGCUUUAGACAGUGAAGAGACCAGUGUGAUCAUGUGCAGAGGGUGUGAGAAUGUAACCAGAAGCGCUAUCAUAAUCAUCCCUUGCUCUUAUAUUUAAUACCCCCUCCCUGCAAUCUUGCCUGAUGCUGCCCUAUCCCAGCUCUGAGCCAGCAGCUAUUCAGGGAGGAUGAAGGGUAUGAUGUUCACGAGGUUGGGAUGUGUCCUUUUCGCUGUGGAUCACACUUACACACUACAAGUCUAUAAAUCAACCUCACUUUUCACCGAUCUAGCCAACAUAAUCAAGCCAAUUUCUGUAGUCUCCUUACAAUCACACUUGCACACUGUAAACAACCUUUAUUUCUUUGUCUUUGUGUCUUCCUGACUAAAUAUUCUUACUUUGGUUCUCAUUGUCCUCUAGGCAAGAUUCCCAUUCUUAUUUCUCUUUUCUGGCUAGACUGUGUCCUGACUGUCCCUCUGAUCAACUCUGAGUUUCUAUUCCUGUCAUCUUGGUAAGAUAUGGCUUCUGGUGGCGACAGAUAGAAAUCCAGUGCUGACUAACUCCCUUAUUUAUCAAGAGAUGACCUCAGAUCUGCAUAUCAUAAUAAACCCCCAGCCUGAUCCCUCCCGCUCUCAGUGUUCCCUUCUAGCUAAAUGGAAAGGGCAACUAGCUCAAAGUUGUGUUUACCCCCAGUGGCCCCAAAAUGUCUGCCCAUCAUUCCCCCUCCCUUCUAGAGAUCCGGUAGAAAACACAUGCCUAUCUUGUUGAGGCAAAAGGUUUGUCUGCCCACUGGGUGGAGGAGAAAUGGUUGACCCUCCCCUUUGCACUUACGCAUUUGAUGCCUGUAGAAGUCAUGGACCACAUCCCAACAGACGCGGCUGGUGUACUGACCUUUUUCUUUUCUUCUGUCUUCUUCAAUCUCGACCACUUUUGCAGGAGCAAGUUGACCUAACCACCUCCUCUCAUCCAUCUUUCCUCUUUAUUUUGUACUUCAUCAUAUUUGCAUUCUCCUUGACUCCCUUAUCUCUCGCUCUUCUUCUCCUAGUGAUGAAUUACUUCCUGAUGCUCAGCAACAGUCAUGGAGAAGGUGUUCUGUCUCGGUACCAGAGCUUGCGUCUCGAGGGACGAAUGUGUGAUGUUGUUUUGGAGGCAGGAGGUGUGGAGUACCCUGCUCAUCGCACUUUGCUAGCCUGUUCCAGUGACUACUUCUGGUCUGUGUUUCAGGACUACACUCUGGAAUCCAGUGCCCGUACUAUCAGCUUGCCAGCCUUGUCAUCUCUGGGCCUGGAGCAGAUACUGGACUUCAUCUACACUUCAUGGAUCUCACUGUCACCCUCCACUUUGGAGGUCACUCUGCAGGCUGCCUGCUAUCUACAGAUAACCCAUGCUGUGGAUCUUUGCACUCGGUACAUCUCUGAAAGCAUUGCUCCUGACAACUGCUGCUUUUUUGCUAACAUCGCAGCUCGUUAUGGCCUUUCUGAAGCAUUUGACGACAGCAACACUUUUAUUGGCUGUAACAUGUGCAGAAUACUUGCAUCUGAGGAAUACAAGACUGAGCUAAUGGAGUUAAACACUGAUUCUCUGCAAGAAGUGCUUGUAGCUGAGGAGAUGCCAGGAGUGAAGGAGAUAGACCUUCUGCAGCUGGUUUUGGACUGGCUAGAGUGCAACCCACAAUCUGCCUUGCAAAGUAAUGCAUUGCUCAGUCGGAUCCGAUUUGGUUUGAUUCCAUCUGAAGAGCUGUCUCAACUUAGUGCACUUAAACCUGCUCUGCGAACACCCUUUGUCCGCAGCAUAGUGCAUAAAGCACUUAACUACCACCUUCAGGGUCCCCUACAACCUCUGCUACAAAGUGUGCACACCAGCCUAAGAGCCACAAAGAGCAAGAUUCUUCUAGUGGGAGGAGGACCAGAGGCAAACAGGCCGCAGAAUCAGAUCAUAACCUACGAACCUCGCAGUAAGAAAUUCCAGCCCCUCUCAACAUCUCUGCCAAAUAAGCUACAGCACCAGGGAGUAUGUGUUGUUGGGAACUUCCUCUUCAUACUAGGUGGUGAGGUGGUGCAUGUGGAUGAGGAGAAUGAGAAGACUGCUGUAAUGAAUGUGACUGACCAGGUGUGGCGCUAUGACCCACGGUUUGAGCAGUGGGAGGAGAUGGAACCGCUCUUGCAGAAGAGGGCACAGUUUGCUUGCUGUGUGGUGGAAGGUGUUAUUUUUGCUAUCGGUGGACGGGGCCAGAGGGGUGAGCCUGCUUUGUCAUCUGUGGAAAGGUACAAUAUGAGGGAAGGAUGCUGGCGCAGUGGCAUUUCCCUACCGUAUUCAGUUCAUGGGCAUGCCUGUGCAACUAUUGGAAUAGGAAUCUACAUCUCAGGGGGCAUCCAUGUCAAUAACCCAGAGAGUAGCAAAGAAGUGCUGUUUCUGAAUGCCGUUAAAGGGAAUGCCUGGCAGAUACGUUCUAACAUGUCCAUUGCCAGAUUUGGCCACCAGAUGGCAACAGUGACGGGAAGAAUUUACACCUUUUUGGGAAUGUAUGAGCCCUUCUGUGACAUUGAACGCUACAAUCCUGAGCAAGACCUGUGGACCCGUCUAAAGCCCCUACUGAAUGACCGCUUCUGCUAUGGUUUAACUGCAACAGGGGGUAGACGUGUGCUUAUGUUCGGAGGCAGAAAAUGGCAGGAAGGACAGGAGGUGUGUACAACAAAUGUGCUCGAGUAUGACACGGAAUAUGAUGCCUGGAGAGAAGUGUGUAAGCUACCAAGACCCUUGUGUGGGAUUCAGUGUGCCAUAAUGACUCUUCAAGACCCUCCAGAGACCUAAAAGUCAAUUACAAACACCAUCCCACAUACACACAGACAAACAGAUGGCUGUCAUGGGGCACAGAGAGUUGAAGGACAGGGGUUAUCUUUGUGUCAUGGAUCCAUGGAUUGUAAAGUGGCAGGGAAACAGGAUUUCUAUUUACCCAGAUAUAGAAUACCUCUGUGGGGGUAAUGCUGUUAGUGUUUUACAGCAAGCAGUAAGGAGCUCCUGCAACUAGGUCACUAUGAAUAGGGUAGAGAAAGUCAUGACAUUGAUAGAUGACUUGUCAUAAAGACGUCCUGAGAAAUGGCAUAGAUCCUCUAAGGACACCGGAGAAAAAGACAUAAUCAAACAGACAUUUCAAAUCACUUCACGCUCUGGUCAUUGAAAAGCAUAAAGGCAUAAAGAAAGGACAGACAAAUGGAAAAACAAUCUAGAUAAGGACAAAUUUGGACAGUUUAAUUAUUUGGCAAUGCAUGAAGAUCAGAGGUGACAGUCAUAAUGUCUUAUGAUAGAGAGACAGCUGCCAUGAAUGUUGGAUACAGACUGUAAAAGGAGGCUACACUCACAGACGCUGAGAAAGCCAAAUUAGACCAUUGAUUUGGAAGGGCAUAUGGGAAGUCAAAGUGGACAAGGACAAGUAUCAAGAUCAUUGAGUGUGUGUGGGAUGCAGAUAAGCCAAAGGAGAGAGGAUGAGGAGAUUUUUAGAGAGCAAUGACAAUAAAAAAUGCAUAGUCACAAAUAUAUAUCUGACAACUCAGGCCAUGCAUUCAAGUCUAGAUAUAUUCUAAUAUGGUGUCAUUAGAAUACCUAUAUAUGUGAGAUACGCCACAGUAGCAGUAACUAGGGUGGUAUAUAUAGCAACUUCAUCAUAUAUUUAAUAUAUACUAUUAGACCAACCAUUUACUGGUUAUAUAAACGCAACUGUAAAAUGAAUAUUGUUGACAUAAUCCUUCAAUGGAUCAAUGCAAAGACAGAGAAAAGUAAAUAAAAUAUUUGACUGCUAAAAA